UCUCUCUCUCUCUCUCUCUCCUUUCUCUUCUUCCUCCGCGCACGUCCUCUCUCUCCCUCUCUCUCCCCCCCCUUCCUCCUCUUUCGGCCAGUACCAUGGGCAUCAAAAACCUUUCGGACCUACUGUCGGAAGGUGGCGGUGGUGGCUCCCCGUCUCGCAGGGGCCGGGGCGCCAAUGCCAAUGUGCCCACGCGUUCUGCUGGCUCUUCAGCCGGCAACUCCACCGGGCCAAGCCCCAAGGGCUCUGCCGCGCCAAGCCCCGAUAAUUCACCCGAGCCGAGCCCCAGCUCCUCGAGCGACCUGCUGCCCGGUGGCGGUCCGGUCACUUCGGUUGCCACCGAGGCUCCUGCCGAGGCCGAUCGGUCAUCUUCCCCCUCACCGACCUCCCAAAGCGGCACUCGGGCGGCCUCCUCACCGGUCAAGGCGGACCAGGCGAAGGCCUCCAAGAGUCCGGCCAGGGAACAGCCGGCAGACACCCCAGUCGCUCCGCUAAGCUGGUCGGCUGUCGCCUCGGCAGCUGCCUCGAAGUCGGAUCAACAGGAUGACAACCCGGAGCCCCCACUCGAGGCCGAUGCCGAAGUGGUUGAUCGUGCGGCUUCUGUCGAGGCCACGCCCCAGGGCAAUUGCACCACCACCAAGCCCGAUGCUCGACUCGAUGUUGGUGCCGACGAUGUUGAUGCCACUGCGACCAUUGCUGCGGACGAUGGCAACAAUGACACUGCCCAUGCCAAUGCCAGUUCUGAUGCUGGUGAGGGUGGCGGCGAGGCCGAGUCCCGGCUCGCCGAGCCGGGCGAGGUCAGCAUUGAGCCUGCCGCCGGUCCCAAGGUCGAGGCCAUCUCCACCCCGCCGGGCACGCCGCCCAGCGACACGCCAGGGACUGCCAGCUCCUUGACCCCGGCCCCCGUGUCCGCUGGUGCUUCAGCCGCCGGGCCUCCAGCCGCCGGGGCCUCGCCUGGUCUCCUGCUGGAUCUCUCGCCACUUCCAGCCGCCGAGCUGGAGCUUCGAUCGCCGCCUUCGCCGCCUUCGCCGGCGCCCUCCAUGCGGCCGGCCAAUCAGUUGCCCGGCCCCAACGCCGCCAUGUCCCCUCCUUCCUCAUCUGCUUCCUCCUCGGAGAUCGUCUCGUCCUCCUCGGCGGAGUCCAUCCAGCGCGAGGAGAAAAAGCAGUCUGUCAUCUCCGCCGAGCCUCCGGCAGCCAAGGAGGAGCCCACGCCUCGCAAGGAAAAGUCCUCCCCUCGCAGGGAGGAGAGCAAAAAGCGCAAGAAGAAAAAGGCCACCAGCCCUCCGGACCCUGAGCCUGUUGCCGAGCCGGGGCCUGUCCCGGUAUCGGAGCCUGCUGUCAGCUCGAAGUCCGUGUCGCCUGUUGAGCCUACAUUUGAGCCUGAGCCUGAACUUAAGCCCGAGCCCGAGCCCGAGCCUGAACUUAAGUCUGAGCCCGAGCCCGAGCCUGAACUUAAGUCCGAGCCCGAGCCCGAGCCCGAGCCCGAGCCCGAGCCCGAGCCCGAGCCCGAGCCCGAGCCUGAGCCCGAGCCUGAGCCUGAACUUAAGUCUGAACCCGAGCCCGAGCCCGAGCCCAAGUCUAAGACAAAGUCCAAGUCCAAGUCUAAGUCCAAGGCUGAACCUAAGACCGAGUCCACGCCUGCCCCUGGGCCCGAGCCCGAGCCCACAUCUCAGGCCAAGGCCUCGCCAGCGUCCGGGGGCAAAGCCAAGUCCAAGUCGCAGUCUGUCUCGGGGACGGAGUCGAUUCCCGAGCCGGAGUCGAUUCCCGAGCCGGAGUCGAUUCCCGAGCCGAAGAUCGAGGCUCCGGUGGCGGUCCCGAAGCAGCAGCAGCAGCAGCAGCAGCAGCAGCAGCAGCAGCAGCAGCAGCAGCAGUCCCUGUCGGCUCAGUAUCCCCUCCUGGACUUGUCGCCCCUGGACGAUGGUCCUCCCCCCCCUGCGUCUGACACCCCAUCAUUCUUGCCCUUUGACUCGCCGCCUUCGCUGGUGGCCGAGCAUGGGCGCUUCCGGCCGGGCGGCUCGUCCGAAGGCCACGACCAUGAUCGCCAUGAUGAGGAUGAUGAGGAUGACUCGCGGGGUUCCUUCCUGAAUGACGGUCUGGUCAGCCUGGAUCUUGGGCGGUCCACUCACCCGGGGCUGAGCCACUUCCCGUAUGGGGAUUUCAUGUCGCCCGGGCCGGCUGCCACCGAGCAUGGUGGCACUCCGGCCGGCAGCGGCAGCACCGGCCAGCUGCUGGACAUUGACCUGGAAUCGCCGGCGGCCCCGGCCACGCCGGGCUCCCCGGUGCCGGGAGCCGCUGUCUUUGACACAUAUGCAAGGGGCGCGGCGUCUGGCGGGACGCCCCCGACCUCGCCCCCGCCCCCGGUCAUGGCCUCGGCCAGCGGUGGUCGACUUGAUGGGACGGCCGACGACUCGGUUGUCGGGCCGGUCACCGCGGCCCCCCAUGCGACCGGGUCCUCCCCCUCGACUUCUUCCUCCGAAGAGGACCCGGAGACCGGCCCGGCCGGCGAUGGCCUCUUCCCCAACAGGCAGCACCUCUUCCGGCCGGCUACUCCGCCAGCCAGGGCCACUUCCUCCGGCAGCAUGGACUUCUCGCAUCUGGAAAAUAUCCCCGACAUGAGGCCCACGGCGGGCACCCCGUCGGAUGCCUUGCCGCAAUACCCCCCCUCGGCGGAUGGCGGGGCCUUUGGCUUCCCGGGGGUCGGUGCGAGCGAGCCGGUCCCCGGGCCGCGCGGGGUGCCGGCCAUCCUGCCCGGCACGCCGGUUCGGCCGCCACCGCAGCCGGACAUGUCGAUGCUGCACAUUCCCCCGGUGACGACGGCCAUCCGGGCCAAUCUCUCCAAUCGGUCCUUCCUGGAGGUGGCAUAUGGCUCCUCGGCCUCCACGGUGCAUGACUUCAUGUCACGCAUCACCAAGGCCACCGGGGUCGGGGCGGGGGUGGGCUUCGCCGGGUCGACCGGCGCCGCGGCCGGGACCAGCGCCGCCAGCCGGGUGAUCUAUGCCCGCUUUGAGCACCUCCCCCAGCUGUCCAAGCCCAGCCCCGGGUCCAAGGGGCCUCUGUGCCUGUGUCUCGGCAUGACCGACCGCUACGAGCUGUGGGAUGUCGAUGAUCCCCGCGCCGCGCGUCGCAUCUUUUCCGCCGAGUCCACUCUGCCGGUCCUGGUGUUCCGGCUCAUCGAGAAUCCCAGCAACAUGACGCCCGCCGAGUUGGCCAACUCCGACCGCCCCCAUGCUCUUGUUGUUUCCUUCUCCCAGACCACCGGUGUCCGGGAGAUGCGCAUUAUCUCGCUUCGUACGACGGCCAUUGUAUGCAUGCUGCACAUCAACUCCUCGCAGCUGGCAGCCGUGGUCGGGUCCGGGCCCGCUGGCGGCCCCUACGCCUCGGAUGACAACCACAUUCGCGAAGCCCUGUCCAACUCGCAGAUCCUGGCGCUCUUGGGCCGGACCAAGAUCAGCACCUUCCGCCUGUGGGGUCCCAGCCAGAAGUCCCACCUGGCGGACCUGCCGGCAGCCGGGCCGGUCGGGCCUGCGUCGGCCGGGGAUCUGCGCAACUUCGACGCAUACCAGCCUUCCUUCGAACUGACGGACUGCCGGCCGUCGGUGGUGGGCUCGCGCGGGGUUGUGGCCGCCCUGGGCGCCAGCUGGAUGGCCUACGCGUCGCGGACCUGGACCGACCAGAGCCCCGUCAUGAUGUCCGGCUCCUAUGGCCAAUCGUCAAACUCCCUGCAUAAGACGGCUUCCAUUGCGGCGGCCACCGCGUCGGCCGCCGUGCAGGCCAUCAGCUCGCAGGUGGCUGCCGGCUGGCGCUGGCUCGGUCGGAAGUCCGCCUACACCGGUGACACCGGCCCUUCCCCUUCCCCCAGCUCGGCCGGCACCAAUUGGUCUGAUGUCUUCAAUGGGGCCUCGCCCCGGAGCACGCCGCAUGGGCUGCCGGGCGUUGGUGGCGGCCCCGGUGGCGUCGGUCCCGGGUCCAUGGCCCCCGGUGGCGGGGUUGACUGUUCGGACGGCAUGGCCGGCGGGGCGGGCUGCUCGGCCCCUGUGGCCGGGGGAUCCUCCCUCGGGGCGACCGGGGUCCUUGGCACGGGGCCUGGCGGGGCGGGCCCCGGGGCCGGAAUGGGGUCCAGUGCUGCUGGCACCGGCGGCCCCGGGUCCGGGAAGGCCGCCGCCGAGCCGGGCAUCGUCAUGAUCCGGUCUCUGCAGAGUCCCGGUGGCAGUGGUGAUGCCACCUCCGGGGAGGAUCUUCGUGUGAUUGCGCACUUCGUGGCGCAUCACGAUGCGCCGAUUGCCGCCAUGGCCUUCGACGCGUCCGGCACCCUGCUGGUCACGGCCCCGGCCCACGGGAAGGUGCUGCAUGUCUUCCGGAUCCGGCCUCCCCCCCCGGCGGCGGACCUGUACCAUCAUCAGGCCGGUGGCCCGGGCGCGGGGGUCCGGCCUCGGGGCGGGGCAUCGCCACCCGGGCUUGGGCCCAAUGGCGGGGCCGAGCUGCUGUAUCGCCUUCAGCGGGGCAUCACCCCGUGUGUGAUUGAGCACUUGCAGUUCAGCCCGGCCGGCAAUUGGGUUGUCGCCUGCUCGGACCGUGGCACGGCGCACUUUUUCCCCAUCUCCCCGGUGGGCGGCCCGGUGGGCAUCAACACGCACACCCUGCGCCGGCUGGUCCGCGCGCCGGCCGGCUAUCGGCCCCCGACCGAGCAGUCCCUCUUCGAUCACCUGCCGCCGAAUGCCCUCCGCCAGCCGGUGGACAUCCGCGCGGCCUAUCGCAUCAAGGACACGAUCUCGGCCCCGGCUGGCCGGGCUCCGGGCGCCGGGGCCGGGGCCGGGGCCGGGGCCGGUGGCCUCGGUGGCUUGCACGAUCCGCAGGCCGAGUCGGCUGGAGCCGGCCCCGGUGGCUCUGGCGAUCGUCUCCAGGGCUUCCGGUCCUCCAUGUCGGUCUUCAUGUUCCCCAGUGCCCUGGUUUCCCCGGCCCCAGCCCAGCCGGGGCUCUACUACACCACCAAUGAGGCCGGCGGCCUGGAGGUGACCCAUGGGCGUGGCCCGGGUGGUGGGUCGGCCGGGGGCCCGGGUGGCGGUGGCUCCACCGGCGGCGGCCCGGCCGGGCUGCACCCGGAGUCCGGCUUCGAAUACAUCGGCCCGGUGCACGGCCCGACCCAGGCCCUGUACUACUUCAAUGCGGCCGGCUUGGCGGGCUCCGGCCCGAACUCCCCCGGGCCGCUGCUGUACGCGCGACUGAUCCCGGAGUCGCGUGUGUCGCGUGGGCGGAAUGCCGCGGCGGCGGCCUCGCGCAUGGCCUCGGCCGCGGUUGAGGCCACCGCCGCGGCCGCCUCGGCCGCCGGGGCCAGCAACUUCCUGCCGGCCUUUGUGACCAAUGCCCAGGGCACGGGCACCGGGGCUGGGGCCGGGCCCGGGCCCGGGCUGUCCGGGUCCGGCGGGGGCGGCCGUUCCGCCGGUGCGGGCGGCAUCUCCCUGGAUGACCCCGCUGCUGCGGGGGGCGUCGGGCGCCUGCCCGUCGGGUCGGGAGCACACCCGUCCAGCAGCUCGGACUUCCUGGCGCAUGAGUUUGGCCUGCCGGCGGGCGCCGGCCCCGGCGGGUCGGGGAAUUCCUCCCCGCCAUCGGGCCACGGGGGCGCCGCCGGGCCGGGCGGGUCAUCUGGCUCGCCGGUUCCCGCCGGUUUGGAGGAAUCCCUGCAUGUCAGCUGUGUGGAGUACUUCCGCCAUGCGGUCCCGGCGUCGGACCAGCUGCCCUUCUACCGGUAUCCGCUGCCGAUGAAUCUCCUGGCCAUGUCGACGCCGGUGGGCAGCGCCGUGGCCCCGGCCCCCAGCAGUCCCGGGGGUCGGUCCACGCCCGACGGCUCGCCCGGGUCCUCGCCCGGGGGGAGCUCGGAGAGUGUGCUGGCCGGGGCCGCGAGCGGCGGCCCUGCCGCCGGGGCCACGCCACCGGCCGGUGGCUCUUCUUCCGGGUCCCUGCUGACCCCGGAGGCGGUGGAUAGCUCGGCCACGGUCUGGCGGUCGCACCUGCUGCUGCCGCCCUUCUCCCCGAGCCCGGGGCUCCCGCCGCCCCUUUGGCGCCAUCCGAGCUUCCUCUUCCAGUACUACGGCCAGCCGUCGAUGUCGCUGUCCUCCUCGGAGGCCGGCGGCCUGGCCCUUGGGCCUCUUCCCUCGCGUCACAAUGUCCCCGGGAUCCCGAGCUUCAACCGCACGGCCACCACGCAUAUCCCGCACACCCGGCCGCAGGUAUCUUUCCAGGCGGCCGGCCCGGGGGUCGGCACCAGUGGCACCGUGGCCGGGGGCGCCUCGCCGCCGCUGCUUCGCCCAGGCUCGCGGUCGGUGCCCGGCAGGCUGGCCGACGAUUCGCCCGACAUGCAGCAUUCCACCGCUGGCGCCGACUCCGACUCGGACACCGAUGACUUCGAGACGAUUGACGAUGCCACCCUCGAUGCGGCGGCCAUGCUGCUGGGCGACUCGCAGCACAUCCCCUCGGGAACAGCCAUGCGCGGCUCGCUGUCCGAUGCGCUGGAGCAUGUCCGAUACACGGUGGCCGUGGCCCGGGACCAUGCGUCGGUCUGGAGCCGGGACGCCAUCACAGCAGCCUCGGCCUCCGGCGUUGGGGCCUACUCCUCCGGCAUGGUGGAGGGGCUGGCCGCCCUGUUGGCGGACCAUGUGCCGGUGGCCGUGGCCGGGCUUUCGGGCGGCCGCCUGGGCGGCGGGGCGAGCCUCGGCCCCGGGGAUGACUCUUGGGCCGACUCGGAGGACGAGGCCGAGCAGCACCUCCGUGGCGGCGGCGGCGGCGGUGAUAUGGCCGCCCCGCGCUUCCUCCCCGGGCAAAAUCCGGAGUACGACUACCGCCAGGUGGCCGUCGACCCGAAUGAGGCGACGGAGCGCGUCCGGCAGGAGCGCCUGGCCCGCAUGCGCGCGGCCAAGCAACAGGCCCGAGCCGCGGCCGGGGGCCCCUCUGCCGCGGGCGCCGGGCCGAAGGACGCCGAUGGGGACUUCGAUCACAUCCACGAUGCCGAUGAGGAAUUUGACGCGGAUGAGUUGCUCAUGUCGGACUUCAGCUCGAACAGCCUGUCGGGCGGGAUGAUGGCCUCCUUCGGGGACAAUGAGUUUGCCGAUCCCCUGUCGUCGAUUGUGUUCACCCCCUCGGCGGGAGGCAGUGGCGUUGGCGGUGCCGAUGGUGGCCCCGGGCUUGGUGGCCACCAUGGCGGCGGGGCCUUUGCCCCGGGGGACGACCCGCAGGCGCCCUCCGCGACGCUGGCCAGCAAGCUCGGUGCCGGGACGGUGAUCGCCUUCUCCGAGCAGAAUCUGGCCCAUGCCUCGGAGCUCCGAAGCCUGGAGGAGCCCCUGUAUCCGUCGCUGGCCGGGUUGAAGACCGCGGCCCCGGCCACAGCCCUCCCGGCCUCCCGGCCACAGCCGAUCGUCAUGAAUGCCUCGCAGCCGCAGAACAUCAUUGUCUUGGCCGAGGCCAGCCUCUCGCCGGAGGACUUCGUCCCGCGGGGCGGCCCGCGUGCUGGCGGUCCUCCGCCGGAGCCGGCUGUGAUGGACUUCAGCCAGAUGCCCCCGGCCGGGGUGUCGCUCCUGUCGUCUCAGCCCUCGUCGUCGACCACCGGCAAGGGUGCUGCUGCCGAUCCGCAGGACGACGACCCGGAUGUGGACUCCCUGUACGAGCUGGAUUUCGACACUGACAUGCAUCAGGAUGGCGAGCCGGCCGCACCGCCGGCCGAUGGUGGAAGUGCCCCGGCGCCGUCCUCGCGCGGGCCGGCCGGCCAGUCUUCGCGCGCCCCGGCCUCCGGCAAGGGUGCCCGGCAGUCGGUGUCCAGCCGGCCGGUUUCGUCGUCGAAAAAGUGACACCCAUCUGGCCUGCCUUUUCCCCUCCCCUCACAUAUAUUCCCCUCUCAGUUUCCUCCCUCUCGUUGGCUUUCUCCUUUGUAUUGCGUAAAUGUACAAACGCCUGCCCUCUUCAUUUUGCGAGUGGCCGGGGAAGAGGCGGGUAUCCUGCUCUG